GGCGCGAAAACACCAACGCAAACGUCGGACAAUAAACAAACUUAGAGCCUCGAAUACUUUCCAUCAAAGAAAGUUCUUAAGUUCUCACCGAAGUCGUCGACAUGGGAAUACACGGAUUGUCAAAACUGAUCGCGGAUGUGGCCCCCGGUGCCAUCAAAGAGGGCGAAAUCAAGAAUUUCUUCGGACGCAAAAUAGCCCUCGACGCCUCCAUGUGUCUCUACCAAUUUUUGAUUGCCGUUCGUCAAGAGAACAACAUGUUGACCAACGCCGACGGGGAAACGACUUCACACCUUGUUGGUUUCUUCUAUAGAACGAUCCGAAUGAUUGAGAACGGGAUCAAACCCUUAUACGUAUUCGAUGGGAAACCCCCCGACAUGAAGAGUGGCGAGCUCGAGAAGCGUGCGGAGCGCCGUGAGGAAGCUCAGAAAGAGCUGGAUAAAGCCACGGAAGUUGGCAACCAAGAAGAUAUCAAUAAGUUCCAGAGAAGGCUCGUCAAAGUAUCGAAGCAGCACAACGCUGACGCUCAACGACUGCUGGCCUUGAUGGGCGUCCCCUUCCUCGUAGCUCCUUGUGAGGCUGAAGCCCAAUGCGCAGAGCUCGUGAAAGCUCAGAAAGUUUACGCUGCAGCGACUGAGGAUAUGGAUUGCUUAACAUUCGGGGCCUCCGUGCUCCUCAGACACAUGACUUUCAGCGAGGCCAGGAAGAUGCCAAUCAAGGAGUUCAAUCUCCCGAAAAUCUUGGCCGAGUUGAACUUCACUCAGAGGGAGUUCAUCGAUCUCUGUAUUCUGUUGGGUUGUGACUAUUGCGGCACGAUCAAGGGGAUCGGACCGAAGCGAGCGAUCGAGCUCAUGAGGUCUCAUCGGUGCAUCGAAAAUGUUCUCAAGAAUAUUGACACCAAGAAAUAUCCCCCGCCCGAGGACUGGCAGUUCGAACGGGCCCGUGAGCUUUUUGAGAAACCCGACGUCACUCCCGGUAGUGAGUUGGAUUUCAAGUGGACCGAACCAGAUGAAGAGGGUCUAGUGAAAUUCCUCUGCGAAGAGAACGGUUUCAACGAGGAGCGAAUCCGGAAUGGAGCGAAGAAACUGCAGAAAGGGAAGAGCAGCUCUCAGCAAGGUCGCUUGGACUCUUACUUCAAGGCGAAUCCAUCAACACCGGCCGUCAAGCGGAAGUCUGAUAUCAAGAAAGAACCAGCUUCCGUGAAGAAGACGAAAACCAAGGGUUCGUUCAAGAAAGGGAAAUGAGCGACCAAGCUGUCGCCUCGACCCACCGAGGAACUGAAUCCCAAAUCGACGAACCAAGAGCCAACUCAAUCAGCGAUUUGAGGAAAUCGCCGGGACCGAGGUCUUGGCGCGUUCGACUUCGACUUCAAGGGCUCUCCGCGUCUUGUGCUCUCAUCCGAAGGAUGGAUGAUAUCUUCUUCUUG